UUGGUCAAUCUACCUGCCAAUCAAACGUGGGCGGGUUAAGCCCGAGUCACUCGGUGAGGGCGAAGCGGCGGCGGAGCUGUCAAACGGCAGCAAUCGGCUGAAAUAAUUUCACGGACGGUGCGAAACACGUCGUACUUUGCUCUUCAGCGGCAACGAGCAGGACGGACGCGUACUUCGAGAGCACUUUGAGCAUUCCGCCUUUGGGAAUUUGGACUUCUUAACCGCCGGCGACGAAAAACUUCCUGUUUUUUCGUGUGUUGCUGUUGCCGUGCUAACGUUUGUUAGCUCUUCGCUUAGCUAAGAGUUUUGUUGACAUUUAGCCGCGCAGCUAGUCGCGCAGGAGCCGCGGGACCUACUUUUUUGUCGUUUCGUGCCGGUUUCGCUCGUCGUUUUCCUUUAAAUGCGACCCGACGGGAAGGCAUGGCGCCCGGCUUCUACUGCACUCAUUCCCAGGAGAUAAUACGAGGUCUCCAACGGCUCCCGAUACAUCUGUCGGCCAUGUGAGAACCCUCUCGCCCUGGUGGACUUUGGUGGACCCGACCAGGCUGCGUCACCAGCGGGUGCCCGAAGCUACAACAUCAGACUGAAGUCUAUGCUUGUGACACAUUCUCUCCCAGGACGCAAACCCAGUAAAGUCCGUGCUGCCGUGGAACCCUCGGCCCCGUUAAAACAAUCCAGUGCUCCUGUCAUGUGGGUACGUUGCAGAAAAAGGCCCAUAAUACCCUCACUGGUGUCCCCGUCUUUCACGUCACCAUGGACCGGAAUAAACGCAACUCCAUCGCUGGGCUUCCCACGCGACCCGAGCGCAUCGGCGAGGACGGAGCGGGUGUGGGAGGGGAAGGGGGCGGCGAGAUGGGCGCGGGGUCGCCUUCACAGGUGGGCAGGGUGUGGCCGUCGUCCUACAGAGCCCUCAUCAGUGCCUUCUCAUGUCUCACGCGCCUUGAUGACUUCACCUGUGAGUGGAUUGGCUCUGGAUUCUUCUCUGAUGUCUACAAGGUGCGUCAUCGGGCUUCAGACCAAGUCAUGGCUCUGAAGAUGAACAAGCUGAGCAGCAACCGGGCGAACAUGCUGAGAGAGGUGCAGCUAAUGAACCGGCUCUCCCAUCCGUACAUACUCAGGUUCAAGGGAGUGUGUGUCCACGAGGGCCAGCUCCACGCUCUGACCGAGUACAUCAAUGGUGGGAACCUGGAGCAGCUCAUAGACAGCAACAAACACCUGAGUUGGGCCACGAGGGUGAAACUGGCCUCUGAGAUCGCCGGCGGUUUGUCCUACCUGCACUCCAAGGGCAUAUUCCACCGGGACCUCACCUCCAAGAACUGCCUGAUCAAAUGUGAGGACAACGGCUACACGGCAGUGGUGGGAGACUUUGGCCUGGCAGAGAAGAUCCCCACCAACCUUGCUGAAGUAGAGAAGCUGUCGGUGGUCGGCUCUCCUUUCUGGAUGGCUCCGGAGGUGCUGAGAAACGAACCCUACGACGAGAAGACCGACGUGUUCUCCUUCGGCAUCAUCCUGUGUGAGAUCAUCGCGAGGGUCCAGGCCGACCCCGACUUCCUCCCCCGCACGGAGAACUUCGGCCUGGACUAUCACACCUUCCAGCACAUGGUGGGAGACUGUCCGCCCGACUUCCUGCAGCUGGCCUUCAACUGCUGCAACAUGGACCCUAAACUCCGUCCGUCCUUCCCGGACAUCGUCAGGCAGCUCGAGGGGAUUCUCGCCGGCCUCAAAGUCGAAGAGAUGGAGCACGAGUGCGACCCGCUCGGCGGGGACAUCGACAAGAAGGCCGCGUCCAAAGGGGAGAAGAUCCAGGGCUUCAAGCGCCUGAACCCUCUCGGUUUCCAGGAUGAUAAAAUCCCUCCCAAGUCGCCGCGCCCCCGGCGAAACAUCUGGCUCAGCCGCAGCCAGUCGGACAUCUUCUCGUGCAAACCGGGGAAGAAAGUGAACGUCCAGGACCCCUACUACAACCCCACCAUCGCCCAGAGGGCCUCCAAGGCCCGCAAGGUCAACCCCUUCACCGCCCGAGAGGACCUGUGCGGCGGCAAGAUCAAGUUCUUCGACGUGCCGAGCGCGUCCGUCUUCUCGCUGGUGUUUGACCUCCACUCGCCGCCGGGGAGCGCGUUCGGCGACCGGCCGGCGGCUCACGGGGCCGCGGGGGGCCAACAGCCGACGUCGUACUACUGGCGGCAGCUGCCGGGGAGGCGGUGUCACUCUCUGCCCGUGUCGCCCCAGCUGCCGCGCUCCGAGGUCUUCCAGCUCGCUGCCGAGGUCGGCGCCAACCACAACGGUUCCGUCACCUGUAACUCCAGCCUGCUCGCCAACGCGCUGCCGGCGAUUAACUUCAGGCCUGACGCCGUCCUGGCGGCGAAAGCCUUGCUGAUCAGCUGGGCGAAGAAAUACGUCGUGGUUGAAAUCCCACCUUACUGCAGGCAGCAAGGAGGGGAGGAGGACGCGGCGGAGGACAGGAAGCAGGAGGGGAAGGAGGAGCUUGGGGAGAGCGGCUCUCCGAUGGCCCCCAGCAGCGAGAGGAACAGUGGGGAGGCGAUGGAAUGUUCCAGCAUCCUGGAGGAAGAGGAGGAACGAGAGAGAGGGACGGACCCCUGCCCCAUGUAACACACACACACACGUGGGGGUUUGGGGGGGUGGAUGAGGACUUCUAACUGAGGAUGGAGGACACGGAGGCUGGUGACUGAAAGAAUGAAUAUAUUGGGAAACAAAGCAAACCGUUGACUGUAUCACAAGUUGAUUCACAAAUCAAGCGCACCCGCGGGAGAUGAAUAACAUCUGUGCAAAGAUGCAACCAGCCGGGUGGGACGGGACAAGUCGGCUUUUUUCAACGGACACUCGGCAUAGAGAUUAUUUUUUUGAGACGGUUGUUUAUAUUUAAUAUUGUGAGAUGAUGUAGAUGUUUUCUUUGUAAAGGUGUCUCAUACAAUGCGUCUUGUGAAUGGAGAUCCCUUGUGUUGUGUAUUUGUGACUGUUUGAGAAUCAAAGUUUUUUUGAUAUUUUCCCUCCGUGUUCUUUGACAAACGUUUAUAUGAAAUCAAAAAAAAUCCCUUUCUGAUCGACGAGGCAAUUUCAAAUCAACUGAGACAGAUGUUUCUAUGUUUUACUCUCUAAACUAAUUGGCAUUUUUAUUUGGUCAGAUAUGCUGUGAAUCAGUCAAACUAACAGAAUUCAUCAAUCCAAAUCUUAAAGAAUCAUAUUCCAUAUUUGGUCAUCAGUCCACCGGAAAGUCGCCCUGAUUCGGCUCAUCGUUUUAAUGCGCCGCAUCGAGGAGAAGCUUCUCCUUCAUUCAGUCUCAUCCUAAUCUCACCUGGUUAAAGAUGUCUGGAGUAAUAAUUUCAGUGAAAUCCAAAGUAAACUUCAACAUGAAAGGAAAACCAGUCGGAUGACUGAUAUUUAUAUUUGAGGUAAACGGCUAAACAGCGUAAAGAGGUUUGUUCUGUCACGUUUUAGUUCUAAAUAGAAAUUGUUCCUUCAUUUCCCUCCUAAAGAGAUGGUACAACUUGCAGUGGCAGGAUUUUACUUCAAUGUGUAUUUUAUUUGAAUUAAUAGCUCGUUUAUAGCACAUCCAGCUGGCGGUUCAUCUGGUGACAUUUCCUCUUCUGUCGUGAUGUUAGAAUAAUAUUUGUUGCUCCUCACGUCUCUGAUGAUGACGAACCGAACCACUCACUACUUUUCCAGCGUCGUUUUACAAUAUAAAGGAUCUAAUUUGAUAUUUAUGAGAAAACAUUUUGAAUGUCUUUUUGUAUAUAAAGUUUGUUACCUGCUUUGGUGAAUACAGAUCAAGAUGCUAUAACGAA